GCGACUCUGAAUUUCAUAAUAAAGGAGUUACUAAAUAAGGAAUCUACAUUGAUACUGCCAAUUACCUUUUCUUUUCUGAGAACCCUUGCAAGGGAAGCUGAAGACAGGUGGUUUACAUAGACAAAUUGGGAACUCGGAGCACCAUAACAUGGUGUGGGAAGUGAAGAGAAAUCAGAUGCCUAAUGCAGUGCAGAAACUCCUGCUGGUAAUGGACAAGAGAGCUUCAGGAAUGAAUGACUCAUUGGAGUUGCUGCAGUGUAAUCUUUAUUUUAGAUCAUCUCCUGUACACAUCAUAGCUACUAGCAAAAGUUUACAUUCCUAUGCACGCCCUCCACCAGUGUCCUCUUCUUCGAAGAGUGAGCCAGCCUUCCCUCAUCACCACUGGAAGGAGGAAACACCAGUAAGACAUGAAAGGGCAAAUAGUGAGUCAGAAUCUGGCAUUUUCUGCAUGUCCUCCCUGUCAGAUGAUGAUGAUUUGGGAUGGUGCAAUUCCUGGCCUUCAACUGUUUGGCACUGUUUUUUGAAAGGCACACGAUUGUGCUUUCAUAAGGGAAGCAAUAAGGAAUGGCAGGAUGUUGAAGAUUUUGCUAGAGCUGAAGGCUGUGACAAUGAGGAAGAUCUUCAAAUGAGCGCUCACAAGGGCUAUGGUUCUGAUGGUCUAAAGUUGUUAUCACAUGAAGAAAGUGUAUCAUUUGGCGAGUCAGUACUGAAGUUGACUUUUGAUCCUGGUACAGUAGAAGAUGGUUUACUUACUGUAGAGUGUAAGCUGGACCACCCUUUCUAUGUUAAAAAUAAAGGUUGGUCGUCGUUUUAUCCAAGCUUGACUGUGGUACAGCACGGCAUUCCAUGUUGUGAAGUUCAUAUUGGAGAUGUAUGUCUACCUCCUGGACACCCCGAUGCCAUUAAUUUUGAUGAUUCAGGUGUUUUUGAUACAUUUAAAAGCUAUGACUUCACACCUAUGGAUUCUUCUGCAGUUUAUGUGUUAAGUAGUAUGGCUCGUCAACGUCGUGCAUCUUUGUCUUGUGGAGGACCUGGUGGUCAAGAUUUUGCAAGAUCUGGAUUCAGUAAAAACUGUGGCUCACCUGGAUCAUCACAGCUCUCUUCGAAUUCUUUAUAUGCUAAAGCUGUCAAAAACCACAGCUCAGGGACUGUGAGUGCAACUUCUCCUAAUAAGUGCAAAAGACCAAUGAAUGCCUUCAUGCUUUUUGCCAAAAAAUACAGAGUUGAAUAUACUCAGAUGUAUCCAGGGAAAGAUAACAGAGCCAUAAGUGUGAUCCUGGGUGACAGGUGGAAGAAAAUGAAGAAUGAAGAGAGAAGGAUGUACACAUUAGAAGCAAAGGCUUUGGCUGAAGAACAGAAACGUUUAAAUCCUGACUGUUGGAAAAGGAAAAGAACCAAUUCAGGCUCACAGCAACAUUAAACCAGGAUGCUUGUGUUCUUAAGUCUAUAUUUGCAUAAACAUUGACUCUUGAUGGAAAGACUUAAGAAGAUCAAGGUCUCACCAUUUGUCCUGAAUUUGUGUGACCGUAAGAUACUGAUAGCAUUGAGUCUUGAAAUGAUUUAAUAAUAUGAGUGAGGAUUUGCUUUCUCCAUUAGAGCAUUAAGUAAGCUAAAACUAUCAACAUUGUAAACCAAAUUGCCUUAUUUUUCUUCCAAACUUCAUAUAUGUCUAUCAGGUAAUAUAGGCUUGAAAAUUGAUACCCUGUGGUGCUAAAGUACAGUAGAGAGAGAGGACAAGUGUAUACAUGUUUUAUUUUAAAUUGUACGAAAGGGGAAUUUAUGUAACUGCUGUUUAUACAUUUGGCUCCUUACUGCUUAUUAAUCUGUAUUGUACACAUGAUGGAAUGAAGCAGAAGCUGGGAGUCGGCCUUUCCUCGAGCAGCCACCACAUGCAUCUGUGCCAAAUGCAGGCACUCCUAGUGUGGCAGUGCCAAGGGGCUACCAGAACACGUGGCAGGUGGCUGGUGUCAGUGUCCCAGUGUAAGAGCCACCUGCUGCAGUUCCCAUGGCAUGCUGAGUUUAUGCACCAGGUGGCAGCAGCCAUCCAUUAUUUCCAAUGGAGACCUAGCCCAGGCCAAGAUAAAGUUAGUUAAUAGCAUUGGGAUAUAGUCACUGUAAUGGUGCUAUUAACAGUCAACACCAUUGUAUUUUUUAACUUUGUGUUCUAUAUCUCCUCAGCCACAUAUCUUAAAUAUAUUUGUCAUCAUAUCUUUAUGGUGGGGGCAGACUUUGCACUUAUUGCAGUGCAACACUUGCACUUUACUUUUCAUCCAACUGUCUAAAAUUAGAGCAAAUACAUUGGCAAUACAGCUACUUUUGCUCUGAGCUACAAUCAUGGCUUUUCAUGUUACUUACCAAGUGGUGUUUCUGGUUAGGAAUCACAGCUGUAAAAUUGAUUUCAGUUCAUUACACUUCUUCAUGAUGUUGCCCCUAAAUUUUGCACACUAUAUUCUUGUAUAUUAUUUCAAAUAAAAUGAAAAAAAAAGUUGUUUA